AUGUCGCUCUCCCCCGAAGCUUACGCUGUUCUUGAAAAAUUUAGCGAUGAAGUGCUAAGCGCUUAUGUGAGCGCCAAUUUCCCUGAAGAUCGGAGAAGCCGCUGUACCAGGGAAAACGCGCACCUCUGGCUCAACCCUCAUCACUACGAACGCUGGGCUAUGGAAUGGAAGGGCUGUCGCCUGCUUUCUGCAGGUUACUCCGGUGUUGAGUGGAAUAGAACAGAUGGUACUGCCCUCCCUCCGAUCCGACAUCUCGAUCCCGUUUUCGACUGGAAGGCUUCUGCGACUAUGACUUCGACUUCCAACCGCUAUGACUGGGCUGGCCCACAAUCUAGGGGGGCGCUAGCUCGCGAGCGUCUCCUGCGCGAUACUGGGAAUACCCGUGGCGAACAAGGACUCUUGCCUCCACGAUUGCAAGAGACUCGAUACCGUCCUUACAACCGCUCAGAACCUCCAGUCACAUGUCCUGCAUGUGCCCCCAGAGCUUGUACUGGUAAAGGAUCGUGUCAGAAAGCGCUGAUGGAUAAUCUAUUCGCCAAUCCGCGACCGCAGGCUCCCCUCCAUGUUUCUGGAACUCUGCUUGGUGACGCUUCCUCUGGCUCGGACAUCUCUUGCGACGAUGCUAGCUCUGUGGGCGACUACGAUGGCUCUUCGGAAUCCUCCUCAUCUUCGGCUAGUUUGAGCCUGAGUGUCGGUUCCUCCUCAACCGACCAGGGCUAUCACCCCAUCUACAAACCCUACCUCGUCGACUCUGACGGUCUCUUCGACUCAUACGCUCUCGUUCCGGAAUCAAUCCCCUGCAACUUCUGCAUCGGCGAAACACACGCCGGCCAGCCCAUCCCCUGCGGCAAACCGAUCAGCCUGCGAGACUUCAAACGCACCGCUCCCGCCACCUUGAUCAAGAAACACCUCGAGAAGGAGCACCGGGCAGCGUUGGUGUCUAGUAUCUCCACCACCUCGACCUCCUCCAAGUUGAACGUCGAAGUGGCUUGUGGGUGGUUGACGAAGCGGGAUUCAGAAGACCCCGGGGCUCCGCCGCUUGCGAGGUGCACCAAGGUCGUGACUUCAGAGUCACUGGGGAAACAUUGUACGCGCGGAGACCACCUCGUUGAUGUUGAAUGGCCGUCUUUUGAGUGCCCGUUGGUUGGCUGCGAGAAUACCUUUGCGGAUAAGGUCGGUGGAUGUGCUGGUGUACUUAAGCGCCAUGUUAAGCAGAUUCAUGGGCUUGAGCAUUAUAAUCGGUUAUUUUCGGAGGCGGGGAAGUAUCGUAGGAAGUGA